AUGGGCGUCGAGCUCCAAGGAAGCGGCCCGGGUGAGCCGCCAAUGAACCCAGAGAUCGCGGUUCCUCUGUUCGUUGUCGGUGGCUUUGUCGUCAGUCUGUUUGUCUGGGGAUUGGUUGUCCGGCUCAGGCACCGUCGAAGAUCCAAACAGGCUCUUCAUGGGGGUGACCAGACACAGCUAUCGCGGACAGGUCCAGUCAACGCAAGCCUGAAGAAACAUUUCUUCUAUGCGCCAGUCUGGGGCAAUCGUCAUAGCAGAGAGUUUCGAAUGUUCCGGCUCCAUAUGGGAUCUCCACCACUCCGACUGGAGAUGAUUCUCUUGCUUGUCUAUCUGUCGCUAAAUUUCAUUUUCAUGGUUGUCACCGUUGACUGGUGGAAGGACUUUUCGGAGAAGAUGUUCCAGCUGAAGUACGCCGCCGGUCACUUGGCUGUCAUGAAUACACCCGGUCUCGUCUUGAGCGCCGGACGCAACAAUCCUUUGAUGCCGCUCUUGGGGCUAUCCUUCGAUGCGUUCAAUUUCAUGCACCGUUGGGUGGGGCGGGUGAUCGCUGCCAAUGCUAUUGUUCAUAUGGGCAGCGUCUUGGCCAACCAGGCCUACGUCAAUGGCACCGACUAUAUUCUCUAUACGAUUUGGAGGAUGCCAUUUUAUAUUUACGGCCUCGUGGCCCUCCUCGGUUUUGUUUUCAUCUUCCUGCAAUCAUUGUCGCCGGUCCGACAUUCAUUCUACGAACUUUUUCUUCAUCUGCACAUAGCCCUUGCCAUCAUGUCAUUCGUGGCUUUAUGGUAUCAUCUCAAAAACCUUCUACAGCAGCGAGUCCUCUUGGGGACACUGAUCCUGUGGGGUCUGGAUCGUGCCGGCCGCUUAGGACUUCUGAUUUGGAGAAACUGCGGCAGGCGCUUCACGACCGCGACGGUGGAAGCACUAUCCGGAUCCGUCGCUCGAGUGGAUGUUGCAGUAUCACGACCGUGGAGUUUCCGUCCAGGACAGUACAUGUACCUGUACAUGCCAUGUUUGGGACUGUGGACUUCUCAUCCAUUCACCGUUGCUUGGACAUCCAGUAAGGCGACGUCGUUGGAUCUCGAUGAGAAGCGCAGUUCGAGUGACUCGUUUGCGGCGCUCAUCGGAGGCUCGCAGACGACCACAAUGUCGGUUUUGAUCAAGGGGCAGGACGGGUUCACGAAGAAGCUCCUACAGAAAGUUGAGGAGUCGCCCGAAGGACGCAUUAAGGCUAUGGCAUUGGCCGAGGGUCCGUUCGGUGGCAUUCAUUCGCUCGCUUCUUAUGGCUCUUUGCUUCUGAUUGCUGGAGGCAUUGGCAUCACCCAUCCGAUGUCGUACCUGCACGAGGUGGUCAACACCUUCGCCGCCCGAAGAACUGCCACGCGAAAGGUGCAUUUGGUGUGGAUGGUUCGGAGUCUCGAUCACCUCGAAUGGAUCCAAGGAUGGAUGACGGCCAUCCUAGGGCAUUCUGCCCUAAACAGCUCGGCCCAUUCCAACGGACAGACAUACCUCCCAUUCGGGGAAUUGAUGCUGUCGGUGCAAAUAUUCGUCACCGCUCACAAAGACACAGUCGAGGAAUAUAUUUCCACCCCGGACACGCCAUGGACCCAGUCAGCGCCAGCUAGUGUGCCGAUCAGCGUGCACCACGGCAAACCCUGCUUCCCGUCGCUGUUGGAAAACGAGAAGGCAGAGCAAGUUGGGGCGCUGGCGGUCAGUGUCUGCGGCCCCGGGGGGCUGGGAGAUAGCGUGCGAGAAGCAGUUCGCAGUGUACAGGGAGAGAAGACGGUGGAUUUGUUCGAAGAGGCGUUCUCAUGGUAA